GUGGAGAUGUUUGUUAAUGUUUGGAAAAAUCAUGGUAAGAAUGUCAAUGAAGAACUAAAACAGAGAAGUAUUGCACCCAAACAGUUAGAGAGUGUUAAAUGGAGAUUGAACUUGCAGAUGGCUGAAGCAUCACGAGUAAAUUGAAACAACCCAGUGCUGUUGUACAAUUGGGUUUGAAGGAAAUCAGGAGUCAGACAAUCUUUUGUUAGAAUUCACUCAUGAGGAGCUCUACUCAUUUUAUGAUCAGCUUGAACAGAUCAAGAGUCAAUUAGAUGCUUUAAGAUAGCAUGAAAUGAUUAAGACAACUUUUUUGAACUGAGUUUCCUUUAUUGGGAAUUCACAGGAGAAAAUAAAUAAUUGAUUUAGUAAAUUAGAUUAUCAAUAGUUUUAUCAUGAGAUAAUCAAAUUCUAUUUUGUAUAAAGUUUCUGAUUUUUGCUGUUGCUAUGACAGUUGCUGUCUGUUGCUAUGGAUAUCAAAUAUGGCGGAAAAGGUGAUUUAUGACAAAAAAUAAAAGAUGAACUCUAUAACGGGACCUCAUGAUGACCCGAUAGAAGUGGGGAGACUUCUUGUGAAAGUGCAAGAUGAAUUACGGCAUGUUCGUGAGCAAAUAAACAAUGCUGUGGAGGGCAAGAGUAUAGAAAAAUUAGACUUGAAGAAUAUUGAAAAAGCAAUUGAAAGAACUGAGCUUGGGAUCAAGAGCAAAGCAUCAAAACUGGUACAAGUAUCCAACAAUCAAGUUCUUACUCUACCAUCCCUGGAACAAACCAUUACAAAGAAGAAAGUUGAAGAAAAUCACGAUGAAAAACCCAGUGCCUGCCUGAAGAAGCCUAAUGAAAUACAAACAAAGCUCAGCCCAAACAACGGUCUUCUUCAGCCAAUCAUUGUUGCAAAAAGUGGAGGGAAACCAGCACCAAAUGUACCAUCUCCUGGGCAACAGAUCAAAGAUUUGCGAACACUCCAGAUGCUCACAAGGCCAGAACACCCAAUAUCAAGAGAUAUCUUGAAAGACAAGUAUGGUGUAGCCCUGCCACAGAUCCAUGAAAAGUCAGAAACUGGUGUGGUAAAGCAAAAAAUUGUUACUGGUUGUACAGUUGAACCAUUGGCUUCAUUGCCUCGCUCUAAUAGAAUAGAUCCUUCACGUACACCACCGCCUGUGUCCGAGGAUGAUGCAAAAAAAGGAAUUUUGAGUUUGCUAGAGCGAGGUCUUAUACCCCCUGCAGCAGAGCUUUCACUUGAACCUUCUCCUGUACGGCAUCAUCAAGCAGUGUUACAUGACCCUAAAGAUCAGUUUAAGAAAAGAUUUACUGGAUUACAUGAUGAAUAUUAUGUUGGAGGAUAUAACAUUGCUGCUGUAAAGAUAGACAACGAUAAUGCUUUGAUUGCGAAGGAAACAUCUCUUGCGGAAAAGAAGAAAAAGAAAAUCGACCAAUUUCAAAAUGUUCACCAGGGUUCUACUGAUCACUCUUUGCUGCCGACAUCAGUCAGAGAUAUCGACCUCAUUUUUCCACAUUCUGUCCCUCUUCCCUCACCUUCAAACGAGGUGAAAAGUGCACAUAAAUUUGUAAUCCAAAAUGGAAAAGUGCGAUCAACUUCUCAGGAUUUUAUGGAUUUUAAACGUCAUUAUUGUCUAUCUUGGGGCAGUAUUGUAACCUUAAUAGUGAAGCUUGGGAUCAUGCGUGAUUAUUCUAUACCGUUAGCGAUUAUCGAUGCUGAUAGGUUAGCUGAUCUGGCAUUGGUGUUUGAACUGGAGGAAAGACCUCAGUUAAGCCAUUUUCUGACGUGCAUUUAUAAUUGUGAAGAUGUUGAAAGGGCAAUAAGAACACCUGGUCGUCGUUAUUUUGCACAGGAUGGUGAAAAAAUGGCUGCUAUAAAAAUCCAGUCUUCUUGGCGACGUUUUCGUGAUCGUAAGGCUUACCUAGAAUAUCGCAGGAAACAGUGGGCGGCUGGUGUCAUUGCCAUAUCGUGGAUCAUGAACUGUAAACUGUCCAUGAUAAGGAAACAGUUGAAACAUCUUCGACAAACUCAAGUGGAGAAAUUCAAACUGAGAUCAAGAAUUUUUCGUUCAAGAUGGAGUAAAAUCAAGGAAUCCAGAAGAGUUGUUGUCCACAUUCCUUCAUUAGGAUACCCGCAACAUAUUCGAAAUAAUCUAACAGAUCUACCAAUGUUACAAAACUUGCAAAUGGCAAGGCUGUGUGAUAUUUCAGAUGCUAGGCAAGAUGUGAUCUAUGUUAGUCCCGUUGAAAUUACCGAAGACGUUCAUCAGUAUUACUCCAAACUUCUUGCAAUGAAAGCCAAAAGUGAUGAUGAUCCUCAAGAUGAAAAUAUUGCUAACAGAUAUAAGAUCGUUGUGCCUGAAACUUUGGACCGAUUUCCCAACCACAACAUGUGUCUCGCCUCUUUACUUAAAUACAGCCCCAAAACAAUUCAAAGAAUCAAAGCAUUAAUCAAAGGACGAGAUGCUUACAUUGUUCCGGGUGUUCUCCAUCAGGAUGAUCUCUAUAUUUCCGAUCUCUUAGAUCUACCUAUCCUAAGCCCAGAUCCUGAGAUAGCUCAUCUUUACUCAUCGAAGUCAGGCACAAAAAGAAUAUUCAUCGCUGCAAAUGCGGAUUUUCCACCUAGUGAAUUUGAUAUUUACAGUUUACCUCAGCUUCACGAAUGUUUGGCUCAGUUAGUAACAGAGAAUCUGCAUAUAAAAAGAUGGCUUUUCAAAAUGGAUGACGAAUUCGCAGCACGGGGAACAGCUUAUUGCGACGUCACACCGCACUUAAGUUGUUACGUUGCUGCAAUCAAAGAAAGCCAGCGGUACGGUGAGAAGUGGGGCAAGAAAUGGGCCCACGAGCCAACGAUGGUUAAGAUCAUUUCUGAGAUUCCUAAAAUACUCUCACAGCAUGCUUCGCCCGUUAUCAAAGAUGGGUACGCUAAUUGGGAGAAGUUUUUAGAAGUUUUUCUCCAAACAGGCGGUAUUAUCGAAGCUUGUCCACCAAGUGACAGUGUAACUGCUUUGACUACAGAUUUGUUGAUAGAACCAGAUGGAAACAUGUCCGUAUUAAGUACCAGUGAUCAAAUCCACGCUACUUCUGCUUAUCAAUGUUGGGGUAACUCUUUUCCCCAAGCGUCAGUUGAUCCUCGUGUGCUCAUGGAGAAAGCCAUUGCAAUAGCUAAUGUGUGUCGUCAACGAGAUAUCAUUGGUUAUAUUUCUAUAGACUUUGUUACCUUCAUUGACCCUGAUACGAUGGAGCAGAUAUUGUGGGUUGUGGAUCUCAACUUAACUCACAGUGAUAGCUUAGCGCAAAUGAAACUUAUAAAAUAUGUGACAAACGGUAGUUUUGAUUGUGAACGGAGUACGUUUCAAGUACCUGUAAAGGUGAAGAAAUCUGAAUCUGCGCUUGCAGUUUCACGAAAACGUAAAAGUAUUGCACCGGUUGAGCCUCCUCCAAAUCCUUACCGUUACGCGAUAUUCAGUUCACGACUUAAGCACAGCAACCUGAGUGUUAUACAUUACAGUGUCUUCUUUCAAAUGUGCCGUGCUCAUGGUAUUGGCUUUGAUAUGAAGGAAAAAGCAGGCACGAUAUUUUGUUUGGUUGAUAGUAAAAAGAAAGAGUUUUUUACUAUGAUGGUAAUAAGUGAUGAACUUCAAGGAUCACUUUCCACAUUCGCACGAAAUCUCUCCGUGAUACACCAAGAAAUAUCCUCACCAAAUAUGCAAGGAAGAAGUAACUUCCAAGAGGCGGUUGAUGAUAUUGAGGAGAUUUUAGCAACAACAGAAGAGAACGUGAAGCUAAAUCGUACUGGAAAGACGCCUCAACUUCAAGCUCCUAGACCAAAAGAAUUACAAAAAAUUUUGACGAAGCAUCAAAACAGUGUAGCUAAAGCGUUAAACGCUGUGGGUAAUGAGGCAACAGAAAAAGGAAGCACAUAUUCGACUGAUGAAAUUAAUCAAAGCAUGUGUUGUGCAGCACCACAAUCGCAAUUGCAACAGCUCUCGUCCACUUCCAUUGACAUCAAUCCACCUCCACCUUCUCCUGGAAGUAAUUGCAAUCACACAAACUUGGAAAAGAAUAACGACGACACUUUGUCCUGAUUUAGUUAGUCAAAUCUCGUCGGUAUGAAUAAUAGGGUGAUGUUGCUGAUGUGGCGUUACUUUCUUUUUGUCAUGUCUAUUUGCUUCUCUAUUAUAAAGAAACUACCACCAAAAAGUUGGUAUUUUACUUUUAUGAAGACUAGCAAUCGAAUCGUGCCCAAUAAACUUCUUACUA